AUGCGCGCUGGAGAUCGUCGCUGUUGGGGUCAAAGGAGCCCUGCGUCGGUGCCAGGGGUCAAGGAGCCCUGCGCCCGGGCCCAGAUCAAGAGUAUCGUGGGCAGCGGCCAUGCUGUAGCAAGUCGCUCACAAGUACUCUCGUUCGGACGGUCAGCGCUCGUCACAGCCAGGAUCGCCGUCGUCGUCGUCGUCGUCGCCACGCCUCCUGGGAUUGUUCGGCAGUUGUCGUGGCAUCCCAGCAGCGGGGCGUUCCCCACGCCCCGCUCUCGGAGCGAUGGCCGACGCCUCUGCAGAGGCCCCCUCGGCAUUCGUGGGGCGCCAAGAGAAGUUCUUGUUUCUCCUGGC